AUGCCAUUCUAUUUGCAUAACUCAGCGGUGAGGCAGUUGCAAUCGAAACUUCGAAACAAACGUGAGAGUUUGGCUGAGUGGAAGGAGCGAUUUAAGAGACAGGACACUUUCCACGAUAGAGUCGUCGAGCUAAACGGUGACCUGAAAUUGAAAUCAGGUUCGUACGUGUCGCUACGCGAAGGCACCGCAGAGGGGCGUGCGGCCACGACGACGCGUCGCGCCACGACGCUGAUAGCCGUGGAUACGCGCUGUUUGAGCGAGUCGCUGAUGACCGACGACUAUUUUUCGAAUAUGAAUCCGAGGGCGANGAAUAUGAAUCCGAGGGCGAUGAAGCGAAUCGUGAACGCGUUGACUUUGACUGGAAGGUUGUUGAUGCGCGCGUUCGAGAUCGAGUUUUCGUGGGUGACGUUGGGCUAUUGGGUGAGUCUGGUGGAGCNAUUCACCACGAGCAGUUUUCGCUGGCACAGGUCCAAUUUUUGUUAUUUAUUUAUUGUUUUUAUUAUUUAUUAUUAUAUCUAUUUUUAUGUUUAUUAUUGUUAUUAA